AUGGCCUCUAUCACAACUACAAUCACUCUUGCCAUUACACUUGUAAUAGCUCUCAUCCUUGUGGCGAUCAGCAUGAGGAAAGCUAUACAAGAAUUGAGAGAGAAACAAGACGUGCCACUAGAAGACCCUGUGUCUCUUCGAACAGUAAAACGGACUAUCCCAAGGGAAGUACCCUUAUCAGUCAAGGAGUACGUAGAGGAACUGUACAAGGAAACGGGGGAUGAGAACGUUUGGAACUUAUUGCCUCGAACUCCAAAUGGACCUGGAGAAUUUCACCCAUACCGAUUCUACCCUCCUGGUGACUGCAUCGGACUGGAGACUGGAAUUUCCGAGCAACGUCCAAAAAUAUUCUACAUACACGAAUGUGAGACAGAAGAGGAAUUUGAGGAGGAAUGUUGGCCCGAAGCCGAAGACUAA